CAACUCACCAAAACUCAUAAGGCUAAAGCACAUCUUGUGUCUACGCACACCAACACUAUAACUCAUACUUUGCUACUUAAAAAAUACAACAAUACCAUCAAUCAUGGCUGCCAUUAACUUCGCUUCUACCGCCUGCUCUGCCGGCAACCGCGGACAGCUCGUCGACGGCGUAUCUCAAUGGUGCUGCUGCAAUUGCAGCUACGGCCCGCAGACCAUCGCGAACAACCCUCAGUGUCCCGAUUGCGGAAGCUAUCGUUGCGAGCGCUGCACCUACUGUUAAACGGCUGUCUCACUUUGAUCUCGCAAC